AUGCGAAGACGUGUUUGCCUGGUUCACCCUGAAAUUAAACGCCGGUCUGCACAAGUGCAAGUUAACGAACUCUUCUCGACGGCAGCUGCACGUCGACUUCGAGCCCAAUACGGCGGCAGUAACGGCAGCGGCAGUAGCCUCACCCAGGAGGCCGACAUCGUCACUUUCGAAAUCAAGGACGAUGGUAAGUUGGACAUGAUGUUCGGUUACACAUUGCACUAG